AUGGCUUUCAAUCUAUACCCAGCGGCGAAUACCACAGCGCUGGCGUCAUUUUUCAACAUAACUCUCGAGUGUAUGGAAGCACUAAACACUACUCUUCCGGAAUGUGACUCAACCCUCUUCCAUAUGGCCCUUAAUGUGGAUAACUAUUGGUGGGAAGAAGACAACGUCACGGCCCUUUGCGCUGGCAACUGUUCUACUGCAGCAAAAUACUGGGAUCUUGAGGUCUCCGGGGCCUGUGAUGGCCAGUAUUACCCAUCGUACGGAAAGUUGCUUCCUUGGGAUACAGUGACAGCUCAGCAUGUUGAUGGACUGAAUAUGGCGUGCAUACCAUCUACCAAGAACGACACUUGGUGCCAGAUUGAAUCUCAACAAUGGCAAGGAGUUAUUCCUUACAGUCCUGAUUGCUCAGAGGAGCCCACCGACCCUAGUUGUGCAAGCAAUGGCUCAUAUCUGGAUUCGCCUUAUUCUCGUUUGGCCAAUCUCUACGAGGACGAUAUUCUGUGUAAUGAUUGCUUUAUUCAAAGACUCUACCAGCGCGUGAUCGGUCCAUUUUUGCCAAACAACACUUACUCCGACUAUCUCGUGGAUCAGCUGCAGGAUAUCGGUGAUGUCUGUUCUACAAGCAUUCCCGAUAUCACCGUACGCGCUAUACCUACCUAUUCCACGAUCCCAACGAGAGUAUCGACUACUAAAACGACGGCUGAUGCUACUCCUACAGCCACAUCAACUUCAGGACCGACUUGCUAUGGCCAGCAGGUAACAGGCUCAGGAUGUGACGAUCUCUCUGAUCAGUACAAUGUCACCACUGGUGAUCUUAAAGCAUAUUCCCAGAGUGAAUCGUGUUCUUUCUCUCAUCCGGCUUGCCUUCCAAAGGGAUGUGACUUGUAUAAGGUCGCGAGUGGUGAUAGCUGUCCAUCGAUCGCGAAAGGAGCAGCUGGAAACGUGACCCUCACACAAUUCCUCAAAUGGAAUAUCAACAUAUUGGUGCACCAGGGGGGGGGAUAUGUUCUCGCGCCGCCUCCUUUAGGCGAUGAUGGGGAUCUUGGUAACGGUCAACGAGGAGGUGGUGGUGACGAUGGGUCAUCCGAAACUGCUUCCACGCCAACUAGUGAAACAUCAACCACAUCGACUUCAACAGCGACUAAAACAAACAGCGCAAGCAAGACAACCGUGACCGCACCAGGCGAGACCCAAGCCGGUAUCGACCCUAACUGUGACAAAUUCGCGAAAGCCCCGAAGGACGGUAGCUGCGCGGGAUUCGCGGCGGAUAAUAACAUCAGUCCGGCUCAGUUAUACUCAUGGAAUAGUGUUUUGGGCAAAAAUGGCGCGUCAUGUGGUACUUCCUUCUGGGCGAAUGAGUACUACUGCGUAGGUGUGACCGGAUCUUCAACUGUGACUACUGUGAUUGCGCCUGGCCCAACACAGACAGGAAUCGUGGAUAACUGCAACAAGUAUGCCACACCGGCGGAUGACCAAGGCUGUGAAGAUUUUGCAAAGGACAACAAUAUCACGCCUACUCAGCUUUAUAAGUGGAAUUCCGUUUUGGGCACCAAUGGGAAAAACUGCGGGAGCAGCUUCUGGCUCAAAGAAUACUAUUGUGUGGGUGUUGUGGGCUAG